AUGAUGUCUCUGUUCUUCUUAUCCAUUUUAGUCUUGGCAGUCUUGGGACUGGUCUUGGCAAUCUCUUCUAACACUUGUAUUGUGAUGGGUAAUCUGGACAUCAUCAGAAAAAAAGGGAAGUUGAGUUCCACCGAUGUGAUCUUUCUGGGGAAGGGAAUUGUGAAUAUUCUCCUCCAGUGUUUGAUGAGUCUACGGGGAAUGCUCUAUAUCUUGUCUCUGGAAAUAUUACACAUUAUGCAAGUAUAUGUGUCUUUGAAUGCAUCAGGUUACUUUCUAACAUAUUACAGCUUCUGGGUGACCUUCUGGCUCUCGGCUCAUUACUGUACCAGCAUCAUCAAUCUCAGCUAUGGGUUCUUCAUCUGGAUAAAGAGAAUUGUAUCCAACUUCCUGAAUCACCUUCUAUUCCUGACAGCACUUGGGAUGUUCAUUGUGAGUGUCCUGGCCAUUUGGGCUGUCCAUGCAGAAAGCUCUAUCUAUUCUUCUGAGAACAGUACAGAAGGCUCUGUUAUCAGGUUCCAUGUCAGUCUUUCCUAUUUUGUGCCCACAAACACCCUAGGCUGUGUUGUACCAUUCUGCCUCAAUCUUCUGUGUCUGGUCCUCACUUCCUCCUUUCUUCUCAGACACGUCUGGAGGGUGAAGAAUAACGACUCGGGAUCAACACGUCCAAAUCUUCAGGCUCAUGUCACGGGACUGAGGACAAUCUUCUUCUUACUUCUCGUUUUCACAUCCUGCUGCAUAUCUCAUGUACAUGAGAUUUCUCAGGGUUCACACAGUUACUGA